GGGGAAGAAGCCGGGAGCUACCCUGAUGGUGCCGCCGCCUCCUUCGAGCCGGGGAGGAACGGCCAGGGGGCAUCUGGGCAGGAGCCUGGGUCCGCUGCUGUUGCUCCUGGCGCUGGGACACUCGUGGACCUACAGAGAGGAGCCCGAGGACGCCGACAGAGAAAUCUGCUCAGAAAACAAAAUCGAGACUACCAAAUACCCGUGCCUGAAGCCCUCGGGCGAGCUCACCACGUGCUUCAGGAAAAAGUGCUGCAAAGGGUAUAAGUUUGUUCUUGGACAAUGCAUCCCAGAGGAUUAUGAUGUCUGUGCCGAGGCUCCCUGUGAACAGCAGUGCACAGAUAACUUUGGCCGAGUACUGUGCACUUGUUACGCAGGAUACCGAUAUGACCGGGAAAGACACCGGAAGCGAGAGAAGCCAUACUGCCUGGAUAUUGAUGAGUGCGCCACCAGCAACCAGACUGUGUGUGCACACAUCUGCAUCAACACUGUGGGCAGCUACCGCUGUGAGUGCCGGGAGGGCUACGUCCUCACCGAGGAUGGGAGGACGUGCACCAGGGGCGACAAAUACCCCAACGACACUGGGCACGAGGAGAAGUCUGAGAACGUGGGAAAAGCUGGGACUUGCUGUGCCACAUGCAAGGAAUUCCACCAGAUGAAGCAGACGGUGCUGCAGCUAAAGCAGAAGAUUGCUUUGCUCCCCAACAGUGCUGCUGAACUGGGCAAGUAUAUCACUGGCAACAAGGUGCUGGCCUCAAACACCUACCUUCCAGGACCUCCUGGCCUACCUGGGGGCCAGGGUCCGCCCGGCUCACCAGGACCAAAGGGGAGCCCAGGCUUUCCUGGCAUGCCAGGCCCUCCUGGGCAGCCUGGCCCACGGGGUUCAAUGGGACCCAUGGGACCAUCUCCUGAUCUAUCCCACAUUAAGCAAGGCCGGAGGGGCCCUGUGGGCCCACCAGGUGCACCAGGAAGGGAUGGCUCUAAGGGAGAAAGAGGAGCACCUGGACCCAGAGGGUCUCCUGGACCACCGGGUUCUUUCGACUUCCUGCUCCUUAUUCUGGCUGACAUCCGCAAUGACAUUGCUGAGCUGCAGGAAAAGGUGUUCGGGCACCGGACUCACUCUUCAGCAGAGGAGUUCCCUUUACCUCACGAACUUCCCAGCUACCCAGAGACCCUGGACUUCAGCUCUGGAGAUGACUACCCAAGAAGAACUGAGGCAAGGGAUCUGGGAGCUCCCAGGGACUUCUAGCCCUAGCACAUUCCACAUGUUCACAGGAGCAGAGAAGAGGAGUACCUCCACCUGCAACUAAAGCAUCUAAAGAAAAAAUUACUGGAGAUGUAGAAAGAAACAUUUCCUCUUUCCUAACUCCUUUCCUGCCUUCUCACUACUAUUCUUCUAAAUUCUAUUUUCAGACUGCCCUACUAAAGACAGGAGGGAGGAAAUGAUGAAUUUAUGCGAUGUUUGCAGAAAGUCAGGACUGUUCUUUAACACCCUGUUUUUCUUUGGCAUCCUAUUUUUUCAGAAGCUUCUGGAUUUGUGAGCUAAAUACUCUUGCCACAUCGUAAAAUUGGGCACAAUACCAAAAAAGGGAAAGAUGGCAAGGUGAGCUCUAAGAAAGCUUGAGGCUAACUUCUAAAAAAAGAAGAAAAAAGUGUCAUGUUCCACACAGAAAGGUUGUGUUCCUCCUCUUGUACCCAAAUUAGAUCUCUUUAAUUAAAAUGGAGUGAACAACCAUAAAGAUUCACCCUGAUGGAUAAUUCUUUUUCCUUGUCAAUCUAAUAGAUAUUACAUAUCCCAUCCUGCUAUCCAACCUUGUUGCCCAAAUUUGGUUAUGGAAAGGACAGAAGUAAAGAGUAGAGAUUGAGAAGGUAGAGAAUUACAGUUGUAUAUUUAUUGCCAUAUAGGUUGUCACAUUUUAAAAUUCAAAUAUGAUUAAGUUAAGUGUUCAUGUCAUGCUAAUCUAUAUGAAUCCUUCAUGGAGAAAAAGUUCUUCUGGCUAUAGGAAUAAAUCCCCUUUUUCAAAGACAAUAAGGGAAUGAAAUUCCCCAAUUCAUAUUAAAACAGUGGACUCCUGGUUGCCAGGAUAUUUUAAAGCUGUUUGAUCAAAAGCAUGGUCCUGCUCCAUAAAUCACAAGUUAUUUGUUAAAUAAGAUGGCUGACCCUUAGGAAGGAAGGCAGAAUUCCGUGCUCUGAUCAGGUACCCAGAGGUGCCACUGGGCUGUGAUCCAGGCCAAUCAAUGCAAAAUGAAGUGGAAAGAGGUGCUGGCAUGGGCUGUUGGCAGAGAAGCAGGGGAACCCUGGGCAAGGACUCCCCUGAAACCAACUUGGCAAAGGCAGGUAAAUUUGCUUUCCUUGGGCAUUAGAAGUCUUUGUCUGGAGCCAGCAAGCUUGCCAGCAUACUGGGAAUAAUGCACUGUUAAGAGUUCUCUUUUGGGCUGGGGAUUUAGCUCAGCGAUAAAGCGCCUGCCUGGCAAGCGCAAGGUCGUGAGUUCGGUUCCUGGUACCGGAGAAAAACCAAAAAAAAAAAAAAAGAGUUCUCUUUUAUGGAGAAGGAAAUGUGGUUUUCCUUGCUUGGCAAAAAUUUUCUCUCCAAUACUUCAACUUUUCCUUAAUUUAGUCCAAAUUCCAGUUCUUUCAAGCCUUCUCCUUGAUUUUUCCCUCAAUAGUAUGGGAAGCUGAUAAAAGGAGAUAUAUUUCCCAUCCUGGCAUGGAAUUACAGUAUCUUUUCAGAGCACCUCUGAGUCCCAGAGGAAAACAUAUCCCAUCAAGGCCUUCUUAGGAUUCACAGGUUCCGGGAACAGCUAGCCAAAGGAUCUGCUCCUUCUCUGUAUUGUUGGGAGCCUCUUGGUUUCAGAGGCAGCUUUCAGGUUUGAGGGGGUCCACUCUCUCCCUGGGCACACAGAGGAGCUUCUUAUCUUCCUAUUCAGGGGAUCUGAACAGGGAGAUUCACACACAAUCACUACGGACUGUUUGUCACAACAGGUCUCUCUUUCCUGUCCUGCAACCUUCCCUCAGGGGGGUUGCGUUUGACUUUUUCUGUAUCCUUUGAACCGAAGUCAUUUGCUUACCCUGCUGUGACAGCUGGUUGGAAGAAACCACCAUUGUUGAGUUUGCAUGCCACUCUAAGUCCUAUUCUUGAAGAAGAGGACAGGAUCAUCUGCAGACCUUCAGUAGCACCAGGCUUCCUUCCCUCCUUCCACCAUGUUAGAGAUGUACCUGGCUGAGCCUUUUAUGAACACUUGGUUCGCUCUUUCUUAAUCACAACAGAUCCCCGGUGAUUGACUAUCAGCAUGUGAAGGCGAACACACCAGCAGUGCUUGUUUUCUGUCAUCCCUUGCUCUCUCGGUCUCUCCAGAAUCUGACCUUUGCCACAGACAGCCUCACCAGCCACAGCUCAUGGAGAGAUGGGCUCAACAGCUGUUGAAUCCCACCUGGCACAUUUAAGGUCUGCCUACUUGUGCAACACAAUAUGUAAAGGGUGUGGAUAGAUGAAUGCUCAAAAAGAACCCUACACAGGUUCCAUGAGAGAUGAUUAGGCUCAUCUUUGAUUUUUUUAAAUGAGCAGUUUAAUUACCUUUGCUUUUCCUUGGCUGUGAAUUGUAUUUAGAAAUAUAACCUCUAUUGUCAAAUGUUGAUAAUAUACAAGCAAACUGCAUGAUUGGCCAAAGGCUAGGAAAAUAUAUCAAAAGAAUGAGCUAAAAGUCAAAAUAUCUGGGAUUCAUGAGACUAAUUUAAAUAAUAAUCUCCAGCAAAACACACAAUAAUCUGAAUUUUAUAAUCUUGAUCUGCUAUACCAGGUCAAUUUAGAAAAUUAUUAAUCCUCAGCUUUUCAAAAUUCAGACUACUGCAAGAACUAAGUAUGUACUCUAUAUAUUUCAAAGAUAAGACAUCAUAAGACAUUGUUAUUUCUAAUACAGCUUUUAGUUGAGUAUAUAAAACCAAAGCAUCACUGUCUAAAUAAAACCUCUGCUCAGAGGAAAGGGAAAAAGUCUUUUCUUAGGGAGAGGAGUUAAAAUUUGCCACAAUUUUAUGAAAUCACUUCAUCUUUCACGGAGGAAAAAGAUCCUUGUACACCUUUUUGACCUUUUAGCACAAAUGUUGACAUCAAAUUUUUGCAAGCAAUGGUAAUAAAAAUCUGCUGUUGAGAAUAGUAAGGAGGGCAUGCAUUUUAGUUUAGGAAAAUCCUUGCCUUCACGGUUCCAGAUGGAAAAAUUAAAAGUUGUAUGUGCCAAGAAAAAGGAGUUUAGGGGUUGAGGAUAUAAAGAGGAAGCUGCUUUUUCUCACCUCCUGUGCUAAUUUCCAACACCUGCCUCAGAAUGAGUUGACCAAAGAAAUUCCUGUGUAAACUAAGAUGACAGGUAUGUCCACUCCCCAACACAUAAAUAAUAAAUGCUCUCUGGUGUUAAAGGGAAGCAAGGAAUAGUACUCCAGCAAAUACCAGAGCUAGACUAGGACCUGAUUGGUUGUGUUCCUUUUCCUAGGUUCACAAUCACUUUGGCCUUGCCUUGGGAUGACCAUCAUAGUCAUGCAGGAAAAGAUUUUCUCCCUAACCAGGCACCAGGCUUCACCCUGGGUUUUCAGCAGCGAUUCUCCAUCAUAUGUUGGCCAUCGCUGUCCUCUCCCAUGCAAGCUGCCCCACAGGGACAGCCACAGCAGCCUGAUUCUGCAGGCUUAUCUUCCAGCAAACCUUCCUGAAGACUUACUUGCAAGAAUCUGGGCCAAACAAUUAGUAGAAUAGAGCCAUCGAAAGCUAUUAAUCAUGAAUUCGGGGAAAUUGAUGAGAUUUUUCCUGGCAUAGUCCACAUGUAUGUUUCAUAACAAAUCAAAAAAUAGUUUUCCAUUUGGAAAAAAGCACAGUGACCAUCGCUGUUAAAGCAUAAAAUCAUGGGCUUUCCAUGGUUCCUCUACAAAUGUUGCCACUUUAGAGAAAUCGUAGAAAAGGACCCUUUUACAACAUAUCCCUCAGGGGUCUCAGUAUCCUUUGCCAAAUUCCCAAAGCAAGGGCCCUGAGAAUUCCAUGUGUGUUGUGAGUUUGUUUUUAUUUCCCAGUAACUAGUUUAUACUUCAAUAGCUCUGUUCAUUAUUUAUAACAGGUCAUAUAACAAUCAAGUUAGUAUUCAAACAGUUAUGAAUGUGAUAUUAUGAAGUACUUUUGUAUGAUUGUAUAUUCUUAAUAACAAAGUUAUUUUUCUUAUAUGCCUCUACUGUGUUUUGUGCUGACACCCAGUCCAUCCUUUUACGAGAUAAGUAUAGAAAAGUGGAGAGGGACAUUUCUCAACAGCUGGAAUCUGUGUCCUGGGUCUACCACCCCCUGCAGUGAUCUGAACAGUUGAAUCUCAAUCAAAGAUUAAAGACCCAGUUACCACUG